GCGCUGUGGGCCCCUUCCCGGAAGGCGGGGCGGGUGGGCGGAUUUGAAAGGACCUGUCUGCCUCUGUCAUUUUUUUUUCUCACUUUUAGGGUUUUGGCCAAAUUGGGCGAGGGCACAAAAUAACCACUUACCCCUUCUCACCGAGGAAGAGCGGGAGAAAGGGCAUGGCACAGUCACAAGGCUGGAUGAAAAAGUACUUCAAGGCCUUUUGUAAAGGCUUCUUUGUGACAGUGCCUGUGGCGGUGACUUUCCUGGACCGGGUUGCCUGUGUGGCAAGAGUGGAAGGAGCGUCCAUGCAGCCUUCUUUGAAUCCUGGGGGAAGCCAAUCGUCAGAUGUGGUACUUUUGAACCACUGGAAAGCAAGGAAUUUUCAAGUUCAACGUGGUGACAUUGUAUCAUUGGUGUCCCCUAAAAACCCAGAACAGAAAAUCAUUAAGAGGGUGAUUGCUCUUGAAGGAGAUAUUAUAAGAACCAUGGGACACAAAAACCGGUAUGUCAAAGUUCCCCGUGGUCACAUCUGGGUUGAAGGUGAUCAUCAUGGACACAGUUUUGACAGCAAUUCUUUUGGGCCGGUUUCCCUGGGACUUCUGCAUGCCCACGCCACACACAUCCUGUGGCCUCCAGAGCGCUGGCAGAAACUGGAGUCUCUUCUUCCUCCAGAGCGCUCACCCGUGCAGAGUGAAGACCAGUGACAUCCAGGCCCCCCUGAGCUGCUGGCCUUGGGGCUGGAAGAGCAGGGUCCAAGAGGAACCUCGGAGGGGAAGAGCCCCCACAUGGCGGCGCUGUGCCAGAAACGUUUACCUCAUGUGGAGGAUCUGUAUUCUUAAGGAAAAAUUAAAAAUCUUGAACAGUAGUAAGUGACACUCGAUUCUGUGUUAACUGUUGGUGCCCUGUUGUUU